AUGUCUGUUCGUGAAAAAUAUCGCUCAACCGCCAAUGAAUUUUGAAGAGCUGAUAGUACUCUUGAUAGAGCUUCCGUAUUUUGUAAGGUUUAUGAAGCAAUUCAUUCUUUAUGUAAGUUUUAUAUUUUUUUUGCAAAAAAUGUGGUCAAAAAGAUUUUCCAAAAAUGUAAGCAAUCAUUCUAAUAGUUUACGUAUUUUAGCACAAACCACUGUCGCUAUAGUUGGUAUUGUCUUCAUUCCCUUAUACUUGAUUAUAUUAAGUCUAUGGAGUGAUGAAUGUGGAGACGUUCGAUUAUACCUGUUGUUUAUCGGAAUCAUAAUUUUCAUUUGCACAUUGUAUACCCCCAUUCAUGCGUAUGCAUUGAGUGAUGCUAAUAAAAUGUCUCAUUUUGAAGCUAAUUAUUUUUAGAAAAAGAAAGCAAUCGAAGAUCGUGAGAAUAGGAUCAACAGUCUAUCAGAGCCCAUCCACGUGGGUGACAUCACUCAGGAAGAAAUUAUUAAGCAUAUUCCUUGUCACAUGCAUACAAUUUGUAAUUCUCCAUUUUGUAUUCUGAUUGGAAUUUGCGGACCCACUGCAUUCUAUACCUUUAAAAUGUUUUUCUCCCCCGCUGAAUGUCCAGCAAUCACAUUUUGAACAGCUUUUGUUAUUAGUAUUAUCUACAGUAUUUGGCUUAUUUUAGUACUUUGUGCUUGUUGUUUUGGUUGCUGCCCUUUACUGAUUCAAGGUCGUGUAGCAUGUGGUUCACGAGUUCUUCUGUCUCAUUCUUCCCUUCAGGUGGUUCUAUUGAUAUCCUUUCCAUUCAAAAUGCCUGGUCGCAAGAAAAAUCGAUCAAGGCGCAGUCAACAUCAAAGAGCUAAUAAUAUUCCCAAAAUGCUUUGUUUCUUCAAAAGGUUUAUAAAAAACUACAUUCCAUUUCUCAGUCUGCAGCAGUUAUUCUCCUUUUCAUUUCAAUCUAUUUGAUUGGUUUGAGCACAUGGAGUGAAAAUUGCCUAGAUAUUCGUGUAUGCCUGGCAAUGAUUGGAAUUGCAAUGCUUCUUUGCGCGAUGUUUAAACCAAUUCAUGCUUACUGAAAAAAGAAAGCAAUCCAAGAUCGUCGGAAUGCGAUCAACAGUGAAUCAGAGCAAAUUAACGAGGGUGAAAUCACAUCGGAUGAAAUUGCUGAAUAUGUUCCGUGUUGUAUGUAUAAAAUUAGUGCUGGUGCAUUCAAUGUUGUGCUCAGCAUCUGUGGAAUAACUACAAUUAGUACAUUCAAAAUGUUUUCAAUGAAUGUCCGACAAUCACUUACUUUUUUUGAUGAAAUGUCCGGCAUCACUUAUUGGACAGCCUUUGCUAUUAGUGUUAUCUACAGUAUCUUGUUCAUUUUCAUACUCGGUAUAUGCUGCUUUGGUUGUUGCCUUCUAUGUUUUUCAUGUUGUAAACCAAACAAAAGAGAACCAGUAAGCACAGAAGAUUCACCAGCUUAAAUUAAUUGUUUUGUUAAUAUAUAAUUUCAACUACAAAAAUAAGAUUAUUUUACUAAUAUUAAUAUCUUCUAAUUGUAAACUAUUUUAUGCCACAAUGCGUUUCCCUCUAUUUUUCCUGGAAAUAAAUGUGUUUUUUU